GAAUGAUUCGGUUGAAUCUUUUCUCACAUCCAAUUUCGAUUCUCUCUUUGAUGUUGAUGAUAUUUAUUUUUCAUUCGCAUCCCUGCCAUUUCUACCAUCUUAUUCGACAUUGGAUAUUGAGAUGUUGGAGAAUUACUUUAAGAAGUGGAUCAUUCAAUAUGAUAGACUUGGAUUGGUUAAGCGGAAAGCUGAUAAGAAUAUGUUGAAAAUGAUAUACAAUCUUCGGAAACCAUUUUUGUCAUUGCUUGUGGUACUUAUAAUGGAUUAUGAACAUAAGAAUGGGGUUCCACCUACAUCAAAAAUCCUACGCGGUCUUGUUGCGGAGAAGAUGAUGACCAUUCUUUGUAUUGAUGGAAGGCAGGAGCGAAGAUAUUGGAGUGGAAUGUGA